GGCCGCAGUCCCCGCUCCCUGGGCUGCCACCCAUGGGACCAGCAGGGGACACGGAGGGAGCCCACCCUCGUGUCCCUGUGUGGGGUGGCACUUCUUUUGUCACCCCGGGGUAACCACUGCCGUGCCAUCGUAAGGUCAGCUCCGGAGCAUGCACGGUGCUGAGCUCCACAAAUUCUCUUGGCCAUAAAACUUGCACGCGUGGUUCUGGCUGCACUUUCCCCUCGGGAGCGGCAGCGCACGGUGGUUACCCCGAGGUGGAAAGACACGGGCGUUUGAUGAAGUGAAGCCAGCCCGGAGGAAUUUUCCCCUUGUGGCCAGCUGUUGUCCUGGGCCUGGCUUGCGUCCUGCAGCACUUCCCACCCCACACGUCCUCGGGGAGGGGACCGCGGCCGGCCCACCCUCCGUCCUCCCUCCGUCGGGCUCGCGGGUGCCACGCUGGGCUCGCGGGGGUGAGUAGCUGCGGUGCAGCCCGUCAGCAUCCUGCUGCCUCCGCAGGGAUCCUCUUGGGCAGCGGAGAGUUUUCCCCACCCCCAGCUCUGCCGCUGCCUCUUUGUUUUCUGGCAGAAGCCUCCGUGCCUUUUCAUCGCCGUUGAGGCGCUGAGCAGGAGCCUGCAUGUGCCGUGAGCGCGUCUCGCCAGGGACGUGACGCGGGCUGCCAAGCCUGCUGGGCUGCGCAUCGCCCCGCGGGGGCUGCCGGGCAGCUCCGGGGGUCUCCUUCCCAUGGGCUGCCCCUCUGGCCGAGCACGGCUUCGAGGCCGCCGCUUUCCUCCGAUAAAUCUCCUGUCUCGUUGGCAGCGCUUCUGCACCUUGCCACAAGUGGAGCAUCAGAGCUGCGGUGCUGGUGGAUUGUGACCACGACGGAGCUGUGUUGCAGCUGCAAAUCUACUUCAUACAUCAAGGGUGCCUCUGAGCAGAGCUGCCGUGGAGCCUAAAGAGCUGGAGAGGACAGCACAGAGGUUCGGAGGCACACCGUGAUGGUGGGAGCCAUUCCACGGCAGCCACGCCGCUUCUGGGGGGUGCCUGGCUGGCAGGUGUCUUCUGCGAGCUGUGCCAACGACAGCCCACAGCGGGACGGGGAGGUUGAUCCGGAGCACGGUGGGGUUCUGCUGCAGAGGGAUGCUGUGCUGCAGCGCAUCCCAUAACUGGGGGCUUACUCGGACAUCCUGAGGGAGAGGGUCCAGCUCCUGCCUCUGCCCUCCCACCAUCACCUGUGGCACUUUACUGUCCCCCUCCUGCUGCUGCAUGGGCUGUCCUGGUUCCAGCUCCUCGUGGGGCCCAGCCAAGUGAGGCUCCAUGCGGCACAUCCACGCGGAGACGUCCCUGCCCCCAGAGCCCAGCGCGGACUCCGGCCUGCCCCGACCCAGCAGAGAGGCGGCCUUGGAGCCUUCCUCGCAGCGCUGCACCCACCACGGCAUCCUCAUGGGCUACAACGAGACAGAGAUCAAGCGCCAGAAGGUUUACCAGGUCUCCAUCUUCUCCCAUCUCUCCAGCUCCUCCGAGAGCACGGAGCAGCGGGCAAGCAGCCGGCCGGCUGUCAAGAGGGGUUACCCUGAGCAGCGAACUCCGGAGGGGGCACGGGAUCCCAAACGAACUCACUGGGGUGGCGGGGGGGUGGACGGCAAGUGUGACAGGGGCCCCGGGCAGGCUGCCCUGGAGGAUGACGAUACCUUCGAGGAUGGUCUGCUGGUGGAGGAGCUCUCCCUGUGCGGCUCUGCCCAGCACUUCUCCCAUAGCGGGCUGCGGGUGGUGGAGCACCGGUGCGAGGGCAGCCCCAGCCACAGCCCCAAGGCCAGCAGAGAGGACAAGCCGCAGGAUGCCUCCUCCUCCUCCAGGCCUCAGCACAUCACUUGCAGUACUUUGCACACAAGAGACGGUUGUCCCGUCCCGCCUGGGGAUCAGCCCGCAGACUGCGGAGAGAACGGGGAGCGGGCGAGUGGCCACAACCUACUUGACCUUGAUUUGCACAAUAUUGCACAAACGUCCCAGCUGGACUCUGGUGGGAGGAGAGAAAAGCCAGGGAGCAGCCCUGCUCAGAGCAGCAGGGCUAGCGGAGGAGAGGAAUGGCCAGUGGCGGCCAACGGGUGCAAGGAGCCCCCGGCUCAGCAGACGGUGCUCAGCCCUGAGCCUGGCAGCCUGAGCUCCCUGGAGAAGACACCUUGUGGGAGUAGCCGGGUCAGUGGCAGCAGAUGCCCAGCCAAAAGGAAGCUCCUGCCUGCUGGUGAGGUUGUGGCCGACUCCUGCUCUGAGGACGAGAGCCUGUCCUCACCGGUGAGGAAGAAGAGAGCCCUGCCGUGCCACCCGGUGCCCACAGCCUGCCGCAGCACCGACGCCAAGGGGGCCCCUUUCUGGAACCACCUGCUCCCUACAGCCAAGAGCUCUGCAGAUUGCACUGCAGUCGGGAGGAGGCUGAAGAGCGGGCUGCGCCUCAAAUCGCGACAUCUCCGGAGCAGCCUCCGGAGGGGAACCCGCUCCUCUGCUGCACCCUGGGCCACCACCACCGUCAGCCACGCUCUGCUGGGCAACUUUGAGGAGUCCAUCCUGAAGGGGCGCUUUGCACCGUCAGGACGCAUCGAGGGGUUCACAGCAGAGAUUGGUGCCAGCGGCUCCUACUGCCCCCAGCAUGCCACCCUGCCUGUGGACGUCACCUACUUCGACAUCUCCGAACACAGCGCGCCCUCACCUUUCCUGGGAGUGAUUGACUUGGAGGCCUUGGGAAAGAAGGGUUACAGUGUCCCCAAAGCUGGAACCAUCCAAGUGACCUUAUUUAACCCCAACAAGACUGUGGUGAAGAUGUUCUUGGUGACGUACGACUUCCAGGACAUGCCAGCCAACCACAUGACCUUCCUGCGCCACCGCAUCUUCCUGGUACCCGUGGGAGAGGAGGAAGGGGCCACCGUGGCCCCCAGCGAGCCACCGGGCACCAGCCCACCCCGCAGGGUCCUCUGCUACCUGAUGCACCUGAGGUUUCACAGCUCCAAGUCGGGGAAGAUCUACCUUCAUGAUGACAUCCGGCUGCUUUUCUCCCGCAAGUCGAUCGAGGUCGACUCAGGGAUCCCUUACGAACUGAAAUCUUUCACGGAGAUGCCAAGGAAUCCCUGCUACUCGCCAUGGGCCUGACCUUCUCCCUCGUCCUGGGGCUGCCGGGGAGCUUCCAGCCCAUUGCUUCGGGGAGAGAUGAGUAAAGGAGAGAUCAAGUGCUGCCA